ACUUUCGACGGAUGCGUUGCUCCCAGGACCAUCGUUAGUCACCAAACUAAGACAAUAAGGCCAGAUACCCGAAGCUGAAUUAUCAUUUUAUAGUCUUCCAGAAAUUGAAGGGAGAAGGAAACCUUGAUUAUGGUUUAUUUAAGUUACAACAGUACUCGUUGAUUGAUUUCUGGGAAGACCCUUACUAUUUCAUUAUCAUUGUGAACUUUGUAUAGCUAAACUUAAUAGUACUCCUGUUCGAGAAGUGUAGGCCUAAUUGUUUCAAUUCUUAUAAAGGCUAUUUAUCUGAGAAUUGUUUGUUUCCCAAUCGUCUGGUCACUGUCCCUGUUGUAUGUUUAUACAUAUGGACCAAUCAAUUAAACUGAAUCAAUGUUGUUCUCCAUCAUCGAUGCAAGACAAGUUAAUUAAUGGUGUUCAAAUGAAAGCAAAUCGUAUAGUAGAUUGUGAUUAUUGUCAUUUAUCUUGUAUCACUCAAAAACAUAAUAAAUCUCACAUCGCUUCACUAAAUUCUACCAAAGAACCAUGUUCAAUAAGAAAUUCAUUUUAUGUACCUGAAAAUCGACAAACGGUUAUGGGAUCAUUUUGUCGACAAAUAACCUCGUCCAUUAUUCCUCCUUCAGACCCGAUUUUAUCUUAUUGUAAACCAACAGAUUUACAUUGGACUCCAAAUAGUAAUUAUAUUGCAUCAAUGCCAUCGAUGUUUCAACCGUUACCUUUUUUACUACAAUCCACCUCGUCUUCAGUGAUACCAGUUUCAUCUUCAUCAAUCUUAUCGUCCAGUUUAUCAUCUUUUCAUAGUUCGUAUAAUUUACCAUCGUCUGUUUAUCCCUCCGUACCAUUUUCUAAUCAUCUAUGUCCUUCGUACUGUUCUUUCUCAUCUCAUAGUUUAAAACCUAUUCCAAGCGUUAAACCUUAUUUAUCCUCUAAUCAUACAUACCUAGAAUCAUCUAGGAUUAUGUUGGAUAGUGUCAACAGUAAAUCAUUUAAUCAGACGACUACAUUCAAUGCCCCCAGUACAACAGUAACAACUGCGACUAUGAAUGCCUCUGCUAUAAUUACAAAUACAACAGAAGAUUGUACUUAUCACCAAUCCGAGCAAUUAAAUUCAACUAUAUUACAUCAUGCAUCCGGUGAUAGUUUAUCUAAUCAAGACAGUAAAUUCUCUUUUUUAUAUCCACCUGUUUUCAAUUUCUCCUCUCCUAAAAUUUCUGCCAUCGUUGAAAAUAUUAGUGAUAAUAAUAACUCUCUAACUAAUUCAAUUGCUGAUCAAUUCCAGACAUCCAGUUCAAAUAUUCCCCAAACUUGCUUAAUCACAUCAUCAACAUCACUGACUUGCAGAAAUGUAUCUCAAUUAACACAAACCUCUACUGUAUCUCCAACUCAACUACUUAGUAAUAAUACCAACGGUAAUAUAUCGAAUAACUUCGAAAAUGAUAUGUUGAUUACUAACAGUAAUAGUAAUAGCAGCGGUAGUAGUAGUAGUAUUAGUACCAGUACUACUAGUUGCAUCAGUAAUAUCAAUGAUGAUUUGAAUAUUGACAAAAAAUUGCCUAGUCUUAAUAUUAACAAUUCGUCUGCGUCAAAUACUUCGGAAAGCACAAAUGCUGACGAAAAAUGCAACGGUCUUCCACGUUUCAAUUUACGCUAUACUAAUGUACUUCAUUAUCCAAAAUAUUCCAGUCGUAAAAAUUCAGGCUUUGAAAGACGUCUUAAACAUACUGGAUUAAUUUUAGAUGCAAAGUCAACUUUACGUUUAUUAAGAAAAUUCUUACAGCCAUUCGUUAAUCGUGAUUUUGAUCAGCUUAUAAAAAAGUAUAUGGAUGAUUUCAUUCUGCUGGCUGUGAAUAAUAUUCGUGAUGUAUUAGGUGAACAAUCUGUGUCUGAAAGUGAUUUGACUAGAUUUCGUCAAAGUUUAAUCCAUCGGGCCGCCGUACGUUAUUUCCCUGAACGUCCUCAGAGGGAUUUUAUCAAUCACCAGGGAACUAGAAGUAAUCCUUCUCCAAAAGAUGGGGAUAACAAACCCGAAAAGCAAAGUAGUCAGAAAUCAGAUUUGAUUAUGCGGUCGAAAAUAAAUUCAUGUAGUGCUUUUCCUUCAAAAUGGGUAGAUUCGAAACUACAUUCACGUAUUCCAACUCCUGAUUCAUUAGAGUCAUCCAUGUCUUUUAAUAACUCUCCUCAACUUUCACCAAUACCUAGCUCAGAUUUGAUCAGUUUCGAUAAAUCUUUUCUGUCUACUAAUGAUAUUGCUAAUCCAACUGUUGACAAAACCUUUCAAACUGUAUAUUCACCUCGACAUAAUCCAGUCGCCGGAGAUAAUGAAUCACAUUAUAGUUUAAGAAAUAUCUCUAAUAAUUCAUCAAUUAGAAAUGUACGUAAAAGAUUACAUUCAUCCAAUCGUUUGAAAAUUUCCCCGAUUUCCUAUGAUACAUCUACGUCUGACAAUAGUAAUAAUCUUCUAAUUAAUACUGAAUCAUUCACUGCCGCAGACUGUGAUAUUAAUGAUUUACAAGAAAAAUGUACCAGUUUACCAUUGUCUUCUCAUUCACCGUCAUCAGCUUCAUCAAGUUCUACGGUUGGAUUUUUCCGUGAUCCAUUUAGUUCAGAUAGUGAAGGGAUAUUAAUUGAUUCAUCAAACAUCAAGUUAUCAGGACGAAGUAAUAAUACACAGAUCAAUAGAUCAUCAAGUUGUGGAUUUCAUUAUUCACCUGGUUUAUCAUCAACUAUAAAAAAUAAUUCUAAUGCUCCAAUUCACAGACUAAAAUCAAAAUCAUCAAGAGGUCGUAAAACUCCAUGGUGGGAUAGAACUCGUGGAAAAAAAUCCAAAUCCAAAGUUACUAAUAUUAGUAACAACAUUCAAUACGAUAAACAUAAUGAAAAUUUAACAGAUGAGAAGAAUUCACUAGUUGAAAAUGAUUAUCGUCAAUUUAUCAACACACUGUCCAAUCAGUCCGUUACUUCAUCUGUAAUUCAUGCUAACACUAUCAGUAAUGAUCUACAUAAUUCUAAUCAAAACAUCCACAACAAUGAUAGUAAUGCACGUAAAAAUACGUCGUCACGUCUAUCUAGAAAAAAGUGCACCGCAAUAAAAAACACUGUAAAUAAUUUUACCACCAAAAAUAGCAAUGUAACAAAGUUUACCUUUGAUCAAAAUACGCAUUUUGCGCUGGGCUCAUCAGCAAAUACAUGGCUUGGUAUGGGUACUGCACGUGGUCGUAUUUACAGUAAACAUCCAGAAUUAUUUCGUUAUAUAUGUGAUAAUGAAGAUAAAGCAUGGCUUGUUCAAACUGGUCUGAUUAUUAGUCAUGGUGUCAAAGCAUAUUUAGUUCAUGCUGAACAAGUACAUCAAAUUGCUACACAACAAAUUAAUUCAUAUUCAUCAAAAGCUGACAUCGAAAAACUAAGAACCUUUAAACUACCUUAUUGGUUUCUACAAAAAGUAUGAAAUUAUGAGUAUUUUAUGUUGAUAAUGUAUGGAUCCUGAUUGUGCUGGCAUAAAAGUGUGUUAGAUAAAAGUUAGGGACAGUCAAAAUAAAACGUGACGUCAGUACACAAAAUCAGUGACUGAUGGACUAAGCCGUGUAGGUAGAUUCAGACUACUUAAUUCGGGUCCACAUGACUAUCACAACUAAUGUUUGGAGGAGACGUUGGGUAAAGCGAGUCAAAAUAAUGUCAAUCAAUUCACUCUUUGUCUUCCCCUAUUUCUUUAGUUUUAAGUUUCUAAGGUGAUCACAUGCAUAAUUAAAUUUUACUAACAAUACUGAAAUCCCUUCAGAAACAAUAAUUCGCGUAUUUCUCCUAAUUCAAUUUCCCACAUUACUUUCGCCUUCUGAUUGAUUGUUAGUGCUCUUAGUUCGCCAAAUUUCUGUAUGCUUGUCCUACUUGAAAUAUCAAGCUCCCUUCAAUCCGUCUUCUUUCUCUGUCGUCCAUCAGGUGUUGUUGUGAUUUGUAAAUUGCCGUUGUCGAAUUCAGAGGGAACCUAUCAUAUUCGAGUAGCUCAAUCGUUUUUCCCCAAAUCGUAGAACUGUAUUAAACCCUAAUGAUGCGAUAAAACACAAACUUAUCUUAUACUCUUUGUUUCACGAUCUUAUCCUCACUUCCAAAAUCAUACUAUUUAUGCCCAACAUGUUCCAUUACUACUACUGUAAUCAACAAACACUUGGGUAAGGUGAACCAAAAUCAUACACUGGAUUUGUGAAAUUUGAAAAAAUACAUUAAAUACACUAUUUGCCUAUCUUCCUAGGUUUGACCUUUGCAAACUCCAUCGUUCUUCUGUUCCUGUUGUUAUUUCGAUUGGUUUCUCUUUUCCUUUCUCUUCUCUUCGUUUUCUUCUUUUAUUCUACUUUGAGUUAUUAAUACAUAUACUUGUCCGUACAAGUAGUACACACCAUACUACUACUAAUGAUAUCAUUAGGACUUGUAUUUUUGUUAAUAAUCUAAACUCUGAAUGGACUGAUAUGAUGAUUCGGUGAGUUGAACCCAAAUACAUAUUUUGCAAGUUCUACGUUGAUUAUGAUCGUCUGACCGAUAGCCAGAUUUUACUUGAGCUAAAUUAUAUUUCUCAAUAUUUAUUAUUUUUUAUACGAUUAAACUAUUAUUCAUUAUUUUCCUGAGUUCAUUGUUACAAUAGUUUCAUCAGUGAUUCAUGUCAGUUAGUAUUUCCAACUUAUUCAAUCUAAACAUUUUGUUUUCCAAAUUUCACUUUUUUAACUAGUAGUUAAAACUUAUUACUGAAGGCUUAUUGCAAUCACUCGUAGAUAUUGGUUAUAAACACUAGAUUGAAUAGAUUUUUUGUCUUCAACUCAUUUAAUCUAAUUGGUUGGAGAUUAUGUUAGAAUGAGAAGGGUAUUUCUUUAUUGUUCAUUUGCCAAAUACAAUUCUUCGUGGAAAAUUUGUUACAACUAAUCCAGUAAUUAUGAUGGUAUGUUUAUCCUUGAGCAGAAAACAAGUCAGUUAUACCAUAAAUGGUAGGCAUUUGAAAAAACAGUCAAUUGGAAAUGGGGAAAUACUUUUAUAUGAUAAAGACCAUUUCACUGUUCUGUCAACAUAUAAAAUGAUAAUUUAGAACAAUUCAAUCUUUAUUUAGUUCACUACUACAACUGUAAAGGUAAAAGAGCCAAAUAAGUCAACAGACCUUAUCGUAGAAAUUAGCAAAUUUAAAUUGCUUUUCUUGGGUUAAAUAUUUCCCUACCUCAAUUUCUAUUCCAAUACACCCAUAACUGAAAUUCUUUUACAAUCCAAUUAUCAUUUACUCAUUCUGUUGUUUAUUCUAUAAAUCAAAAAAGGUUAAAACUGUUGCAUCACGUCAUUCGUUUUUCGUUCAUGUUAUAUCAACUGAAGUAGAGUUCAAGAAGAACCAAAUAGAAAAAAAUAAACAGGACAAUUCUUCAUCAGUUGAUAGACCAUUUGCUUCUCCUUUUAUGCAAUCACCAUCUUCGUCAACAUCGUCUAUAUCCCGACCAAAUAUUAAUCAAUCCAAAUCAGACAAUUCAAUCUCUGUGUCAAAUCCGAUGGAAAUCAAUCAUUUUACUAGUCAUAAUAUUAUUACUAAUAUACCAUCAUCGAGAAAAAUCCUGAAUUCUCCAGUUAUAGUAUCCUCCUCAUCACCAUCAUCAUUGUCGUUGGUUUCUUCUUCAUCUGUCACAUCUAAAUAUUCUUUGGCUGCAUCAUCAUCAGUGCAGGAGUAUCAUGACACGGACACUAAUCAAAACAGUAAUAAUAAUAAUGAUAAUAAUAAUAAUAGAAGUGUUCUAUUAAACCGUAACUACACUAAGUCAAAUUGGAAAUCAACCAAUUCUUAUUCAAAAACUAUGUCUAUCGACAACACUUAUCAGAAUAAUAAUAAUUUAGUGAAUACAAUUCAGUCACUUCCUAGUCCCAACCCACCAACAUUGGAACGUUUUGAUUAUACUACUAAUAGAUAAAUGGCUAGUAAUAUAUGUGUACAUGAUUAAUAAUGUUCAGUUCUUUUUUGCUUUCAGUUAAUACUUGCGUCUUUCAGUUCAUUUGAUUGAUUUAUUUUUAUUCGUUCAUCCAAUCACUCACUUGUUGCCAUUUCUUUUUCAAUCCUAGAAUAUUCCGUUUUUUUUCUCUUUCAAUAACUCGCCUUAUUUCUUCUCAUUACGUGAUAAUUUGCUUGUUGUUGAUAAUCUCUAACAUUUUUUAUUAAUUAAUUAAGAUGAUAAACUGUUUAUUGUUGUUGUGGUGGUGGUUGUGAUUAUUGUUUCAUUUGUGCAUUUCAACAUAAACAAACAAACAGAUAACAUAAGAAAGUGACUAAAGAAUAGACCUAUUUGAAAUGUCUCUUUCUUUGUCAAUGAAAUUGUCAUUUAAUUAUCCUCUUUGUUCUUUAAAAUCCUAUUACGUUUUCUUCAUUUCUUUCGUGUAUGUGCAUGUGAAUGUAAUUGUUUUGUAAUAAAAAGGAAAUAUUGUACAUACAAUAAACAUUAAAAUUUGGCUGUCUGUAUAUAUGUAUUUAAUAUUGUUACUGUAAUAAUGGCUGUGUACUAAUUAUUUUCAUAUUAUAUCAUCAUAUAUUAUUUUCACUCUCGUCUGGUGUUGAUUUCAUCCUAUUUCUUUUGUUUCCACAUUAUUUUCCUUUUUAAUAAAGAAUAAUUCAGCUCAUUAUGUGUAUGUAUGGUUCUUUUCUUCUUUAUCUUUCUCAAGCUCGAUUUGAAUCAUUACAUAUUAUAAAUACACAUUUCUGUUUUUGAAUAAUCAGUAUUCAUCCAUAUAAAAUCGGCGCUGUUAUUUGCUUUCGUUACGCAGUUCAUACUUAUAUAUAUACUACUACUUCUACGAUGUCUUUGUAUACUACCUCUUUUUAUUUUCUGAUACUAACAAUUCAUCAUUAUGCUUUGUUAUGUUUGUGUUGUGUGUACAUUUUUCUUUGCCGGGUGUAUGGCUUCUAGUUCACUCAUUUAAAAUGUUAUGUUUUGCUUUGAAUAUAUAGUCAAGAUGUAUUGAUUCAUUAAUAAGUUUGACUGUGAAAACAAAUUGUUAUUACAUUUCAGUUAAAGAUGUCAUUCCCAUUUUUCGGUCCCCUAGUCUUAUGGACGCUUGCCAUCAAAUUUUCGGUAAUUUAAGCUAUUCAGUAUUAAUAAUUUUAGGAAGGCUGUUAUAAAAUGAUCUUGAUUUUAUAAUAAUGGAACUACUAUGACUUGUUUAAGUCUCGUUAAUUCAUAUUAAACACCAUUACAGCUUUUU